AUGUUAGAAGUAAGAACUUUUGGUAAGACUUUUGAACAAAAGGAAAGAGAAAUCAUAAAUCUACAAGGUCAAGUAAAAGAGAUAUAUGAUUUCUUGAGAGCUUAUCAUGAAAGAAAACCCAAGCAUGUUGAAAACUCUUUCUUUAAACCUCAUACUUUCCCUACAUAUUUCACAACACCCGAAAAGUCUUCUCCUUUCUACCAUACCUAUAUCUCAUCUCUACCAGAUUAUGUCAAAUAUAUACAUGCGUCUUAUAGAUCAAAGUCUAAAAGAACCAAUGCUACCUCAACCGCUAAAACAAAAGGGAAAGUUGUCUGUUUGAGAGCUUCAUCCUCGGACUCUCGGGAUGUUCCUGAAAUACCUCCUUCAAAAUUCCAAAAAGAAGAAGAAAAUCUUGAUAAAGAUGAUAAAAACGAUUCUUAUCAAGAUGCAUCCGCUGAUGAGACACUGAGAUCCUUUUCAUUAGAGUCACAGUAUAAAGAGAAUUAUAUUCCUAGACUCUUCAUGGCAAAUAUAAAAGAGGAAGAAUAUUUUUAUGAAGAACCACCUGAAGAGACUUUAGUCACUAAAAGGACAAAAUUAAAUAGUGGUCCAUGGUUCAUGCUUGAUGAUAUCCCACCCUGUCAUUGGAAAAAAAGACUCCUCGAAUUUAGGGCUUAG